AUGGAGAAGCGGACGAGGAUCCGAAUCCGAACGACGAUUGCUGUAGAGCUUGGAAUGGGCGAUGGAUCAUGGGGUUCAUCAUUGCCUGCUCACUCGUCGCCUGCCAUUUCAACUCUUUCGCUAAAGACGAAGAUUUCGUUCAAAACUGGUGCGGCUACGGCAGUAACAGUUACGCCGUUCUAUACUUUGAAACCAGAACUUCCACCGAAAAGUCCAAUGCUAGGAAGCUCAGAUCUAUUGACUGCAUAUGAUCUUGGAGCUGUCUACAGUCGAUACUGUGGUGCUAAGAAGAUGCGCGAGGAUUUGAACUCGUUUUUACCGCAAAUCUACGGAAAUUUCAAUUUUUCUCAGGCGCAAGACAUCAGCUCCCUGAAGAUGUUAGUUGAAAAACCACCAAUCACUGGUAAGGAGAUCAAUACUCUGUCUUCUUCAGCGAUGAGUGGUUUUCGUCUAACUCCUGGUCCAGUAGACGAACGGUAUCGAUACUUGUUUGAGAAGAAACGUGAAGGUGACGGGAUCCCGGUUAUAUAUGACAUGGAACGGAAGGACUACAGCGCAGGGCAGAGGUACAAGAACUCUUUGGAUAGUUUGGAUGGCGAUGAACCGGAACGGAAGAAACACAAAAGUGAAAAGAAGGAGAAAAAGAAGAAGAAGGAUAAAAAGAAGAAAGACAAGAAGGAUGAAGAACGGAAACACCGAAAAACUGCUGAAGGAGUUGGACCGGCACCUUCGGUGUUGAUGGAAUUCUAG